CUUGUGGGCAAGAAAUACGAUAGACGCCCGUGUCAAAACAGGGUACCGCCGUCGAGCGACUCCAAAUCGACUCCUCUCUCAACGUCCGCCCGCACAUCUGACUACUCCGUUCUGCAGCUUUUCGGCCACAACCAUGUCAAAAGCUCUCGCUAGAGCUUCGCCCCUGAAGCCUGAAGUUCGCCUCGCUCAAGCUGUCUCUGAAUUCGAAGCCGACCUAUCAAGCGAGCAGAAGACCGCGUUUCGCGUAUUGAAGUCGCAGUCGCUUUUAGCGCCACCCACUCCGAGCGAUGUCAUGCGACUGACGGCUGAAGUGGACCGUCGCAUAUCGAAGAAGUUCAGCAGUCGAUGCCUUGGGCCGCGCUUCACCAACUUCCUCCAAGCUGUGCAGCAAUUUGCUGCACUUGGGGAUAUUAUGGUUGGAGGCUCACAAAAUCUGAUAGCAUGUGGUGUGUGGUCUUUGGUGCGCAUGUCGUUGCUGUCGUUUGUGAGCGUAUCGAACCACGUAGAAACACUGUCAUCAAUUUUCAUGGACAUUGGUCGUUCUUGUCCACGCCACCAGGAAAUUGCCGUAAUCUAUCCGCUCUCGACAAGGCUACAGGCCUACCUCCUAGAAUACUUCGUCGUGGUAGUUGGUUUAUGUCGUUAUUUGUUCAGAUUCGGGCAGAAGUCAGCCCUCCAGCAAUUCACGUCGUCCUUGAGUGAUGGGAAUGUGAAAGCGUUUCAGUGUGAUCUCGGAAAAUGGGCACAUUCGAUUGAGAAAGAGAUGCAAGUGGGUGAAGCUCAAGAAAGCUCCAGUUUCAGGGCUUUAUCUCGAUCGAUGUUCAACUCCGCAUCGUACCAACAAAAACUUGCUGCGAAGAAGCGAGUUCUCGACUUCUGUUCCAUGUACGAUCAUGAAACGACUUGGAAGCAGAUAAGAAAGGUCGGAAACACAUCACUUUAUACACAUUUCCAGGAGUAUGAAGAGUGGAGGGACUGCUCGCAUCCUUGCACCCUAGUACUUACUGGUAAGCUAGGGUCUGGGAAAUCCGUAUUGCUAGCCAACAUCGUGGACGAUCUCAGCCUCUCUAACGAAAAGGAUCGAUCCUUGGUAGCAUACUUCUUCUGCAGGCACGAUCUACCUGAAAGUCUGCAAGCACGCACCAUUCUUGGCUCGCUGGCGCGCCAAAUGCUGCGGAGCGUUUCUGAAUUGGGCACACUUUCAGAAGUAUGCGAAUAUACACACACCACAGGAAACGUUGAUAGACUACUGGGAAUGAUCAUCCGGAGCUAUCCUCCCAGUCAUAAAACCUUUUUCAUCAUAGAUGGACUAGACGAAUGCCCUGACGAGGAAAUAGCAACGCUGGCACAAGCAGUUAGGGAUAUCCAAGCAAAACUAAAGGUCUUUGUCUGUGCCUCUUUCCGGGUAGAGCCAAAAAGGGGUCUGCACUCAAUUACACGUCGCCUCCUGGAUGCUCGCAUCGUUUCAUUGCCGGAAAGCAACCCAGACAUCGAAAGCUUCAUCGAAGCAGAACUUUGUCGUUGUCUGGAUCAGGAUCUUUUAAACAUUGGAGAUUCUACUUUAAUAUUGGACAUUCAAGACACGCUACUUCAGGGCUCUCAAGGGAUGUUCCUCUGGGCGGCUCUUCAGAUCCAGUCUCUGUGUAGUAUGAAGACAGAUCACGCUAUCCGCGAAGCCUUGGGAGACCUACCAAAAGACCUUGCCCAAACGUUCUCCCGCAUCUUGCACAAGUCAGGAAGUUCAGAUCCAUCGCUUCAGGCAAAGACUCUGGAGGUUGUGUUGGCAGCUCACCGACCCCUAACGACUAGCGAGUUGAGAGAAGCCUUAAGCGUUGAUCCAGGACAUGCAGUUUGGGACCCAUCUAAGAUGUUGAACGAUGUUCAAUCAGCACUAGCCUGCUGUGGAUGUCUUCUUACUGUUGAUGAGGAAGAAUCAACCGUCCGAGUGAUACAUCACAGCGUCAAGCAGUACAUCAUUCACGGUCUUGACGACGUGAGACACAUAGAUUUCUCUUUCGAAGACGCCCAAAGAAUGUUAGCAGACAUCGUUGUUACGUAUCUCGGGUAUAGCUUUUUCGAAACACGAUUGUCGAAAACUAAGCUCAGUCCCAUGAUGGCAAGCUCAGCGCCGAUUAGCAUCCUGCAAAGCACUAUGGGUACUACCAGCACUACUCGGCAUCUUGCCAAGAAGCUUCUCGGGUCUAGGAAGCAACCUAAGUUCGACCUCAGCAAGACCCUUGCAGAACUGCGUGGUUCAAUGAACUCAAAUCCAGAAUACGAAUUCACGUUCUAUGGUUAUGCGCAAACAUACUGGCAGCAUCAUAUAUGGUAUGUUUCAGGAGAUAGCCGUCACAUUGAACAGCUAUCAGCCAGAUUGAUUCAACAUCGAAAUGCAGAAUUGAAAGAGUUGGAUAGAAACUUUGGGAUGCAUUGCCGUUGGGCUGCCAAGCAUGGGAAUAUGAAAGUGCUCGAACUGCUCUUUCAGAACAGCACUGGGGACAUGAAGACGCAGUACUCUAUACCCACACCACUAAUGUGGGCGAUAGAGUAUCGAGACAAAGAUACUGUUGAUGAACUAGUCAAGGUUGGCGUUGACGUCAAUCAUGGAGCUGCAACUGGAGCGUUACCAACGCCACUUAUUCAGGCGGUGAGAAAAGGAGACAAGGAGAUUGUGAAGAUUCUUCUUAGCUCUGACAAGCUCAGAGUCAACGUGCAAGACAAGAACGGGUGUACGGCUUUAAUGAUGGCCUUGACGGAAGGAAACAUCGGUAUCGUUGAGCUACUGCUCAGCGACGAGAGGACUGAAGUCAACGGGGAACCCACUGGAGAAUGGACGCCCUUAAUGGCAGCAGUAUUGGCAGGAAGCACGAGCAUCGUCAAGCUACUGGUUGGCGUUGAUAAGGUCGACGUUAACAUGACGACCAAGCAUGGACAGUCGGCAUUAAUGUUCGCGGCAGUAAGGGGGGAUGAAGACAUUGUCGAGGUGUUGCUCACUAGUGAGAAGAUUGAUUUCUCGGCGACAACCAAGUUCGGGGACACAGCGAUGAUGCUUGCAUCAAAGAAGGGACACGAAGAUGUGGUUGAGCUACUACGGUCACGUUGGAUUCAUACUGACUCAGUCGUCCCCCUAGUCCGGGUGCGGAGCUUUUGAGGGUUGAAUGGGUUUUAUAUUAGUCUUUUACAAGAGACUCUCGAAGCCGCUCUGUACACUCCCAAACAUGUGUUUCGACUGUACUCCGUUCGGUAGACCACGAACUCAGCGGCUAGAAUUCGCGUCGCAUAUUGCU